GCCUGGCAACGGCGUCCCAGCGGCGGCGGCUCUAGAGGAGGAGGUUGCGGCGACUCUCGUCACCACAAAACUCCGUCCCCCGCGGAGCCGCGUGGAGCUUUGAGGAGGCUUGGUGGAGGCUUUGAGGAGGCUUUGAGGAGGCUUUGGGCUCGUCGCCGUCUCCGCACGAUCGGCGCGGGGCACCAUGGACGCGAACGCGGCGGAGGGAGCGGCGAGACGCGGCGUGGCGGAGGAGAGCGCCAAGGCGUUCCUGCUCAAGGCGGGAGGCGACGGCGCGCAGACCUCGCUGUACGAUCACCUGGCGAGCCUCAUAUCGCGUCUGCUGGACGAGAGGCCGAAUGGAGCACUGGGCAUGUUCGAGGAGCUGAGCCGUGAAGUGAAGCGCUCGCGCACGGCCGGCGUGGCCACCACGUUCCGGGACGAGCGGGCAACCAAUGCUCAGGAUGAACUCGCAAAGCUGCAGAGAGGCCUCUUUCCAGCCACUAAUGACAAGACAGACGACGACCCUGACGACGAGAUGGUGGAGUCUCCGCUGCCAAACCUCCUGGAGCAGGCCUUUUACUGGGAACAAGCCGGCGUAGGGCUGGGCCGGGAGGAGACCUUCCGCAUCCUGCUCGCUCUCAAGCAGCUGGUGGACGAGCAGCCACUGCAGCGCUGCCGCUUUUGGGGCAAGGUGCUGGCCACGCAAGGUGCCUACCUGGUGGCCGAGGUGGAGUUCCGCGAGGGGGAAGGCGAGGAUGAAGAGGAGGAAGGGGAGGAGGCUGACGCCGAGAACAAAGAAGGGGGGGAGGAGACGGACAGGACGUCGCGGGGCAGGGGGGAGAGCACGAGCGGGCAGAGCGAAGGCGAAGGGAACGGGGCAGCCGAAGAUGACGAUUACCCCAAGUCCGAGUACAAGCCGCCUCCCGUCACCCCCCGAGAGGCUACGCGUUUUGGUGCUAACAGGUACACAUACUUUGUGACCAACGAGCCAGGGAAGCCAUGGGAGAAGCUGCCGUGGGUCACUCCGGCUCAAAUCGUGACGGCACGUCGCAUUCGCCGCCUCUUCACGGGGCACCUGGACGCGCCCGUGAUUUCCUACCCACCCUUCCCGGGCAACGAGGCCAACCUGCUACGGGCACAAAUCGCCCGCAUCUCGGCGGGCACGCAGGUCAGCCCGCUGGGGUUCUACCAGUUUGAAGAAGAUGAGGAGGAGGAGAAGGAGGAUGCAGCAGGCGGACGCGAGACCUGCAUAGAGAACCCCGACUUUGAAGGCAUUCCGGUGCGGGAGCUGGUGGACAACCCGGCUAACUGGGUGCACCACACCCAGCACAUCUUGCCACAGGGCCGUUGCGUUUGGAUCAACCCAAAGCAACGCAGUGAGGAAUCAGAGGAGGAGGAACAGGAGGAGGAGGAGGAAGAAGAUAAGGAAGACCCAGAUGAGCCAGAGCCGGAGGUGGGACCACCCCUCCUUACACCGCUUUCAGAGGAUGCGGAGAUUGAAGGAACAGCACCAUGGACAGCCAGGCUGUCAAGCACCGCUGUGCCCCAGCAUGCCUUUGCUGUACUUCGCUCCAAUCUUUGGCCUGGAUCCUAUGCCUACUGCAAGGGGAAAAUCUUCGAGAACCUGUACAUGGGUUGGGGUGUGAAAUACGUGGCGGGCGGCUUCAGCCCUGCCCUGGUGCCAAUGCCCUGUUCGGAGUACGCGGGCGGGCCGGAGGUGGCAGAAGAAAAGGACCCAAGUGUGGAGGAGGAGCAGGCUUACCAUGACGAGGAGGCCCGCGCGCUGCCUGAGAAGGAGGAUGGGGAAGAAGAGGAGGAGGAGGAAGAUGAGCCAGAGGAAGAGGAUGACGAUUGAGGCAGCAGCAGGGAGCUUGGCUCCUCUGUGAAAACAAUAGCAGUCAGUGUUUUCACAAUGGUGAUGUUCCCAGUAAAACAACAAAAUAACAGCCAACAAGAGGAAACAUAAAUCAGCAUAGAAGCAAUGAAACACUUAACUUUUUGUAUCACUUAUGUUCAUUCUGAAAGUCACUGAUGUAGCAGGAAAUUUUGACCAAACUAAACCACAUAUGCUGCAUUUUAAAACAUUUCAUUUGAAAUAUACCAAUCUGGAAAUGGUAAAAGCAGUUUGUGAAAACAAGUUCUAUCAGAAUUUUGUGGGUUUUAAUGUAAAUGAAUAAAACAAUCUUUCCCGUUUAGUUCUCAUAUGCCCUCUUAUAAAUAAAAACAUCGUAAUUUGUGUUGAACAUUCAUUGCUAUGUAUUUUGAUGUUUUGUUAAAACAAGGGAAGGAUAUGUAAUGGCAUUUAAAUAUCGCAUGAAAGAUAAAAACCUGCAUUUGCAGGACUGUCACGUGAGACGUUGCCAUGAGACAUAUUUUAAUUUUCUGAAACAAUUCAACAGCUUAUAUUUGUUAUGAGAAACCUCGCUGUGCAUUCCUGGGUGCAAAUUACCAGCUGGCCUGGCAGCAUGGGACAGGUGUGAUCAUUGGGUGUUUGUUGUGCUGACUGCUGAGAAAUGCAAAUUUAAUUGGCUUUGAUCUAACAAAUUAAACAUUUAAUCAGACAUUCUUUUUGAAAAUGCAGAAAUAGCAUCUGGUACUUUUUCGUAAUUCUGGAAACCCGUAUCUCUAGUUAUUGUAUUCUGUGGAAUUAGCACAAUUAACGGUGUAAUGCGCAGUUUAAAAGUAAAUGUUUGCUUUGCAUUUAGUGACUUGAUAUUACAGACUGAAAGCCUCCCACGGUGGAUAAGAGUUUGGUAUUUUUUUGCACAGUAAAUGUUUAUAAAUUAUUCAGCAUUACCAUAAUAAAUCUUUUGAAGAGCA